AACCUCCUUCUUGAAACGGGCCCCAGGAAGGAUAUCCGUCGUAAAGCACGUGCCAAAUGUCAACACGCGAGUCGUCAGUGUGACGAUUCGCUGUGGUGACCCCUAAACGGGAAAAGCCGAAAGUGACUUUCACACUGUUUAUUUUGUUCGUUUUGUUUUUACAAAUUGAACUUUUAUAGCUGGGGAAAUCAUGCUUUUAUUCUGAAGGUUUGGAAAAGGAAGUAACAUUGUUUUGGUGCUGUUCUCCUACAGAUGUACUUAAAGGGAGACUUUGUUAAAACUCAUUGUUCAAAGGCGAGAGGAUGCUCAACUUUCCAGAAAUUGACAUUUAGGGUAGUUUCAAUAAACAGUAUUGCUCGUCACGGUUGGAUUUAAGUUGAGGGGAAUAUAAAUAUGCAACUGACAGCUACAGUUUUUUCCAUUUGGAAUCUGAUGGGCUAACGUGAAGUUAAACGUCGGCUCAGCGUCUGUCAAUAUUCCUGAAGGUGCAGCUCCAAUAUGACUAAGAGAAUCUCCUCUCUUCAGCUUUUUAAAAGAGGUUAGGUUCAGAACAUUCCCAUUCCGAAAUGUGACAGGAUGCUGAACCAUCACUGUAGAAGGAACCCUGAGCUUCAUGAGGAGCUGCAGAUCCAGGCUGCAGUGGCAUCUGGGGAUGUCUGCACUGUCAGGAGAAUGCUGGAGCAAGGAUAUUCACCUAAGAUUCGUGAUGCCAACGGCUGGACACUCCUCCACUUCUCUGCUGCCAAAGGAAAAGAGAGAUGUGUUCGAGUGUUUCUGGAGCACAGAGCUGACCCCACAGUGAAGGACUUUAUUGGUGGCUUUACAGCACUUCAUUAUGCUGCAAUGCAUGGCAGAGCAAGGAUCGCCCGGCUGAUGCUGGAAUCAGAGUUUCGCAAUGACAUUAUAAAUGCAAAAAGCAAUGAUGGCUGGACACCAUUGCACGUGGCUGCCCACUAUGGUCGAGACUCAUUUGUACGCCUCCUUCUUGAGUUCAGGGCCGAGGUGGAUCCACUAAGUGACAAAGGGACCACACCACUACAGUUGGCCAUCAUCCGUGAGAGAUCCAGCUGUGUACGGAUUCUCCUGGACCAUGGUGCCAACAUUGACAUUCAAAAUGGCUUUCUGCUGCAGUAUGCUGUCAUCAAAGGCAAUCACUCAUACUGCCGCAUGUUCCUGCAGAGAGGAGCAGACACUAAUCUUGGACGUCUUGAAGAUGGACAGACCCCACUGCACCUGUCAGCCCUCAGAGAUGAUGUGUUGUGCACCCAGAUGCUCUAUACAUAUGGUGCUAAUACCAACACAAGGAACUAUGAGGGCCAGACACCAGUAGCUGUAUCUGUUAGCAUGUCUGGGAUCAGCCGACCCUGUCUGGACUUCUUGCAGGAGGUCACCAGACAACCUCGGUCUCUGCAAGACUUGUGUCGAAUAAAAAUACGUCACUGCAUUGGCCUUCAAAGCUUGAAAUUCUUGGAGGAUCUACCAAUUGCAAAGGUCAAACUGUUACUGAAGAAUGUGAAUGGAUCCACCAUAUGUGAGCAAAAAAGAAACCUUAUUUGGCUGCAGAUAGUACAUUUAGAAUUUUUACCAUUUAUGUUGUUACUGUAAAAAUGUACAUGGUGUUAUCCUUGUCGGUGUUCAAGAUUAACAAAUGGUUCUGUUAACUGGUGAAUUUCAGCUAAUAUGUCUGGGGUUGCAUCUAGUGACAACAGAUGGCAAAGGUCACGUAGCUGUCCUCAUGAAUGCCGCUCUAUGUAGUCAUUAACCCUGUAAAGCCCAACAUAUCAAAAAAUAGCCAGAACAUUCUAAUUUUUUGGAAC